ACCACACCACAGGGCAGGUGCAACACAACACGUGACAACGCACCAGAACAAACACACCAGAACAAACACCACAACGCAACACAACACAACACAACUAACACAACACAACACAACAACCACACCACACCAAAUAAACUCACAACACAACCCAACACACCGACGACAUGGGCGGCCUCGACAUAUCAGGCGAUGUCGUGGCUGUGGCAGCAUCCACCGUGGGCUCUGUGCUGAUGCUCAGUCUCGUGGGCGUCUUCGUGGCACACUAUCCAAAGCACCCAUCUGGCGAUGUUCGUCUAUCAGGCAUGCUGCAACAGUCAUCCAUUCGUCAGAUUGCAAAAGUGGCGACGACCGUGUAUAUCCCAUGCUUGGCAUUCACCCGGCUUGGAAGCCGCCUGUCCAUUGAUACCAUGAAAGAAGUGUGGCCGAUGGUGCUCUACGCACCAGCUCAGUGUCUGCUGGGCACGUUGGUGGCCUGGCUUGUGUGCCGCGUGUUUCUUGUUCCAAAGCAGUUCCGGCAAGAGUUCAUUCUCGCUUGCUCACACCCCAACAUGAUUGCGGUGCCCCUGGUCAUGCUCGAGGUUCUCUGCCAGCAGUCACAGCUCGCUGGGGAGGACUCCUGUUCAGAGCGAUCGGCCGCCUUUGUCUUCGUGUCUGUCGUGGGCUGGUACCUGUACUUCUGGACAGUCGGCCUUGAAACUAUCAAGCACCUGAGUCCUGAGACUCAAGCGCUUGAAGCGAACCAAGGUGGCGAGGGUUCGUCCACCAUAUGGCAAUCACUGAAGCAGCUUGUCAACAACUUCUUCAAUCCUCCGCUCAUCGGAUCGUUGUCAGGCCUCGUUGUUGGGCUUGUGCCAGAGCUUCAGGAUUUGUUCUUUGGCGGCAAGGCACCUCUGCUCUUCUCGACAUCUGCAGCCAAGACGUACGCCGCAGCUGUAGUCGGGGUCAUGUCAACAGUCAUGUUUGUGACGCUCGGCAAGUCCAUCCCCAGCCUUGACCUGAGGGAGCACGCGGCAAAGCUGCUUCGAAUGUUUAGGCCCGCAGACAAGAGGUCGCUGGAGGAUGUUGAAGUUGCUGGUCCCGAUGACACCAGUACGAACAGCAGUGUGCAACUGAUGGCUUCACGUGACAGCAUCAGCGUGGGCGCGGUGCUCGCUGGUCCAAGUCAAUGUUCAGACCAGCCAUCGUCUCACCAGCAGCAGCACACGGUUCCCGCUUCGUAUGACGACAACGGCGUGCUGCUGAUCGACGUUGAUCGUGUCCUCGAAGAGAACCACCUUUCUCUUGCCCUUGCACGGGCCAACGGCCAGGAUGACGCUCGUGCGACAAGUUCUGCUACUGUUCCACCAUCAGCAACCGCACUGAAGCUGCUUGUCCCAGCCACGAGCAACGCCACAACAACACCAGAACAGAAGCAAGAGAAGGACCACCAAUCCGCAGCGAGCUGGGGUGCCCGCAACCUGGUGCUGUUUGUUGUGACGUCCAUGCUUGUCUUACCCGGCUCCAAGCUUGGACUCAUCAUCUGGCUUGGGCCACACGUGUUUGGCAGUGGCGCCAACGCCGCACUUGUUCAACUCGUGCUGUGCAUUCAGAGCAUCACGCCAACUGCGAAUCUUCUUGUGGUGGUGUGUCAGCGGGAGGGUGCACGCGCAUCUGCUGAGCGCAUGUCACGGGGCAUUCUCCUGCAGUACACGGUUGCCAUUGGCUCACUGCUCAUCUUCACCGCGCUCGGUGUUGCCGCGUUCUACUGACGCAACAGCGCCUGUGUGUUUUGUCUUGUGUGAGGGGCUGUGUGCGUGUGUGUGUAAUUGAUGUCUCUCCAACACUGUUGUGAGUCUUCGUAUGCGUGACCAUGCAUUGCCACUUCUGAAUGCAGUAUGUGCUGUGUGAAUUGCUUCAUUUCAUAACGAAACCACAGCAUCGAGUAAAGGAAACGCAUGGCGCCUGAGAAGCAACCAUGUCA